CUUCAUCUGGCUCUCCCUCUCUUUUUCACUCUCUUGURCAUUCAAAUCUUUAAAAAGCUUACUUUAAUUUUUUUUUUGCUCACCUCAGGUGCAAUGUAAAAAAAAAAGUCCUGUUAAAAGAAAUAAACUUUCCGUCUGGACUUCUUUCCAUUUUCUCCUGUAGGGACAGUUCUUGUGUAUUUUUAGACGUGCUGUGAUUCAGCUCGAGACAACUGUUGCUUGCCCGAUUUGAGCGCUGCCUUGUCACAGUCGACUGGGGCCCAAAAAGGAUUUUUUACAAAAGGAAUACCAAGUGUGCGUGUUUCUAUGAUAGCACAGCUUUUUCAAGGACCACUAAAGGACCAAAAGUCAUCAGAGAAGAUCCAGCAAACUCUACGAUUAUAAGCUCUGUUCACCAAUGACUGGUCAGACCAGAGGCGUGGAGGCGGCCCCUCCUCCCCGCUCCAUUCAGAGGACAUUUGUGGACGAGGUCRUAUCAACCUUCACUUCACCGAUGGCCUGGCUGCUGGUUGUGGCUCUGAUCAUCACGUGGUCAGCAGUGGCCAUCGUGUUGUUUGAUUURCUUGAUUAUAAGACCCUAACAGACUACACAUCAUACUGUGACGACCCCGUGUGUUUAUCACCUGGCCUCCCUCCUCCACCUGCUAUCGGCAAAAGAGGCUUGAAGAUUCGAGCUGGAGUUCGUUCAGUCAAACCAAGCCCCGCUGGAAUCCACGGUGAUGUCACAACUCAGGAGAGCUCUGAUUGGCUGGAGAUGAUUUGGAUGUUUGUAGCCAGCCUGGUCGCGCCUGAUGAGGAAGAGGAAGGUAUUCAUCACCUUACUGAAACCCUCACAUCUUUCCACUCGGAGGAACUUUGAUGUGAAGGAGGUGGAGGGGAAAGCAACCCAGUCAGGAAUGGACAACAUAUGUUUGAGUAACAAGUGAAAAAGGCAGGAGAAACAGUUUGAAGAUAUCAGAGAAUGGAUAACACAAGUGGAAAUGAAGCUGUGUGCGGUUUGAAUAAAGCGUCACAUCAGAGUAA